AUGUCUGGAAUUUUUGAAUAUAAUGGUGGAUCCAUAGUUGGUAUGAAAGGAAAAAACUGUAUUGCUAUGGCUUGCGAUAGAAGAUUCGGUCAAUAAAUGUCUACAAUCACAACUAAUUACCAAAAAGUGUUUAAGAUUCAGGACAACAUUUUAUUAGCAUUAUCAGGUCUAAAUUCAGAUAUUCACACAUUUUACGCAUUGAUGGAGAAGGAGAUCAACUUAUACAAUUUAAAAGAAAAUAGAAAAAUGAAACCAACAACUUUUGCAAAUUUAGUUGCAUCUGCAUUAUAUGAGAGAAGAUUCGGUCCAUUCUUUGUCACUCCAAUAGUGGCUGGUCUUGAAAAUGGUAAACCCAUUUUAGCAACAUACGAUUCGAUUGGCUGCAAAUCAGAUUUGGAUGACUUUUAGGUUGGAGGAACUGGAGGAAAUUAUAUCUAUGGUGCAUGUGAAGCAUUCUUCAAACCUGACUUGAGUCCAGAAGAAUUGGAGGAAGUCAUUGGCCAAAGUUUAGUGAGUGGUUGUGAUAGGGAUUCCUUAUCUGGAUGGGGAGGAGUUGUGUACGUAUUGACUGAGCAAAAGCUAACAGUUAAAAUAUUAAAGACCAAGCAAACCUGAUGAUUAAUCAUAUUAAUUAUAGUUUAUUAUUGGGCAUGAAUAAUCUCUUAC